GCUUGUACAGGCACGGCGAAGCGUACUGUGUAGAUAGUAAAAAUUAUCGCACAACUUCGAUAGUGUAUGCGUAGCCUCGCCAGCUUAGUGCAUGCUGACUGUAUCAUAUCAUGUAAGCUCUGUUGUUACGACGGGACGCAUAUUCUCAACGAGGCUACCCUGCAGUAUUCGAUCGGACUAGUUACGGAAUAAGUAGGCCCCGGAAUCUGGUGGAACGUAAACUUUGUUCAGUGGAUUUACACCAUCGUUAGAUAAUUUUUCAAGUAAUCUGCGAUUGCACUGUAUUGUUGUGUGUGAUGUUUGUGCAUUCAUCGAAGGAUUGAUGGGGUUUCUAAGCUUUUACAUCGUUUGAUGCAGGAUUUUACCCACAUGCUGGAGUGGUGCGGUGACGGGCUUCGCUGCCUGCUUGGUCGGCCUUGUUGUACGUUAUCACUGCUAUAGCCAGAGGAGCUGUUGUGUAUUCUUUUACCGUUUUGGCCAGUGCCACAACGAGCGAACUAAGGAGGAAAACCGCCGUUUCUCCGGCGCUGGAAUGCUUAUUCUCAUCGGAGUCUGUGGGCUAUGCAUCGUGUGCAUGCAGCGCAUGUCGCAUGUUCAGGUCCAGGCGGUCUGCGCUCGUGCGGCGACUUUUGCGGAGCCGUGUGGGCUGUACACACGGUAACGAUUGUGGGUCUUCGGCCGACCGGGAGAGUGAGGCCGAGACCGACCUCAAAGCAGCCGCCAACAGCUUCCUAAAACGCCUCAAGGAAAAACAACUCGAGCUUUUGCUCGAGGCAGUGGAAAGUCGUGGAGGGACCCAAACAAACUGUGUCCCCAUCUCGAAAGGGGAACUUGGACGCAGCAGGACCGUUGCUCCUCAUGUUUUAUGUUGCCAGUUAUUUCGUUGGCCAGAACUCAAACAUGGAAGCGAACUCAAACGGCUCAAAUAUUGCUGCGAAGUUAGCCAACAAGGCGACGAGGAAUCCUCAGGAACAGUGUGCUGCAAUCCCUAUCACAUCAGCCGUCUAUGCAGACCAGAGUCUCCACCACCACCCUAUAGCAGGAUUGCGUUCGAGAGGUCCAAAACGCAAGCUGAAGAAGCCUCAGUCACGUCACCCGUGGAAUAUGGGCAAAGUACGGAGACGGGCAACACACCUACUGAACGCAGACAGCCUUAUGCCAACUCAUCUGGUAUGUUUUAUUCAGACCUUAUAUGAUCAUACAUUUUGGUCUUUUUCACCUUGACUUAUUUCGCUGCAAUUUAGAAAUUGCAGUGAAAAAUAGGGUGGCGAAAUUCCUUGGAGAAUUCAGGGGCAUGGGUAGUAUAUAUUUCAGAGUUUUUUCGUUGUAAGUUUGCCAUUAUGUCAACUACCAUGGUAACAGGCCUAACCAGCCAAUCGCAGCCAAGGUUUACAAUGGUAGUUACCAUAAUGGUAAAGUUACAAUAGUCUUGAUGAAAUGUGCCCUUGAUCUCAUCAUGACUUGUAUUCUUUAGUUUUAUAAUGAUUAUUGAAACAGAAGAUGGUUGCCGAAUAAUUCUCUCAAAAGAAGAUUGUAGGCAUGAGAGUUUACUGAACAUCAAUAUGAUCAAAUCAUAUGGUAGUGAUUAAAAUAGAAAUUAGAAAAAUUAUGUAGAUGCUUGUAGUACAGUUUCGAAAAUGACAACAAAAAAAAGAUUGAAAAUUUUAAUUUGCUAAAAAAGCUAAAUUUACGGUUUUGUCAUAUCUUUAUUGUCGGAAGAAUCAUUUGGGAAGGAAAGUAAAUUGACGGUUGCACGUCAUAUCACUCUCCCAUUUCCUUUGGUUUCAUUCAAUAUUUUUCUCGAGUCAGAUAAAAUAGCUUGGAUGUCAAAAUAAUAUUGGAUUUGUCAGUUAUUUUCUCAUUGAAUGAGUAGCACUUGCUAAUUCAGUCAAAGCGUUCUAAUGACUUCAUUCAAUGAUUGAGUGGUAUGAUCAUUCUUGGCAUUGAUUUGUCAGUGCUAAAACUUGAUGAAGAUGUUGAUUAAUAUUUUCUUCAAGUCAAGGCUUUACAUCAUUUCAAGUACCCUCUGCACUACUAAUGAAUUUCCAUCUAUAUUGCUUAUAUCCGUCUGAAUUCCACUUUGUGUGCAGCAGGUAUGUGAAAUGUAUAUCUUGUUGACGACUUGUUACGUGUAUAUAUAGAAGCCUGUAUAGGCGGCUACAACAGUAUGCAUCAAAUCGCUCAAUACUCCUGUGUCCCUCACUCUCUUUUGGUCGAUCUCCUCCAUUCUUUGUGUUUCUGCCUCUGUGAAUAGAGAGCCUCCUGGUGUAACAAAACAGAAUCUGGUAUUUGGGCUGCUAUUGUUGGUUGUGGUCUUUUCAAUGCUGCAUUGUUUGAUUUAGCUCUGAUUGUUACAUUGACACAUAUGUGCUUGAUAGUAUUUGAGUAAACUGAUGAUUUUCAUCCCCCAUCUACUCAUGCUAACAAAGAUGUUGUAUCAUUGAUAUGGCUUCUUUUGAACAUGAUAGGACUAAUACCCAACAAAGCUGCAUUGAACAUGUGUACAAAGAAGUAUAUUAUUUGCAAUAGAGUUGCCCUAAAAUGUUUGUCACAAAAUGUCAAUCUGAGAAAUUUACACCUGAAAUUAAGAAUUGCGUACAGGUCAAUUUUGUGAAAUUAUGCAAUAUGAAAGAAUACAUGUAGAAAUGCAAUUAACGAAAAACGUAUUCGCCAUGUUCUAUCUACCAUGCAGUUUCUUUCCCAGUUCCAGUUGAAAUACUGGUAAAGAGUGGGAGGUUGGAAGUAAAUCUAAGAACAUUGCUUGUGAAAAUUCACUGACUACAUGUAUUAUCAUGAUUGAAAUGUAACAAGUUGUAUUAAACCGAGUACCCCUCCCUCCACCCCCUGUCACGCCUCCAGCAAAUCGCAUCGAGCUUGCCUCGCUGUUCUGCUGUCCAUCUAUCUUGUGUGUAGUUUUGUUGGCAGGCAUGACGAUGACACAUGCUCGGUGACAAUGUAUGUUCAUGAUGGGAUUGUCGGGAUAACAUUGGCGCCUCCGUUCAUCCCAUUCACAGAGCCCUAGGAUUUGAUUACUGGUUCUAUUGCCCUCACACCUGCACGCUGAACCUUUAGCAGUGUGGCGGAGGUCAUUGUGCUCACGCGCAAGGCAAACCAGCAGCAGGCAAGCAAGGCAAGUCUGCAAAGGUUGUGUCAUGCAUAAUGUAUGGCACAUAGGUUUAGACAGGCUUCUUCAUAAUGCUAUGGAGAGCAGCCAUGUCUCUCCUUUCUCCAUAGAAAUAACGCUGGAUAUAUUUGCUCAAGUGUAGAUUGUAGAAAGCCAUUAUGUUAUCAGUAGAAGAACAUGUGGUAGUGAUAGUUUUGGAACGAAUAUCAUAAUUUACAAUUGAAAUAUGAAACAUUAUUUUUGUUUAUUGGAUAGUGAAAAAAAUAAUGAUUAAGACUACUACAUGUAUUAAAAGCAUUGUAAUGAAUUAAUGAUAAAUCCCUCGUAUUGAAAAUACAUGUAGUGUAAAAUUUACCCAUCUUCAUUAUUAGACAACCUUUUUAUUACAUGGUAUUGAAAUACAGUGCCUUCUCAUUAUUCAGAUGUCUUGCUGGAUGAUUAUUCACAUUUUGUUUUUGCUAUUCACGGUAUUGGCCUAUCCGAUCUGGUCAACAAUUGCAUUAUUGUUUGAUAUUUUCAGUGAUGUUUUACUUUUUAGCUGUCAUGAAUAUGAAUUUGGACAAAAUAUGAAGGCCUAUAAUGUACAUGUAUGUUUGAACAUUAAAAUCAUUUGCAGUGUGGAACAAAUUCAAAUUGUGAAUAUUCUAACUUCCUACCAGGUCUGAGUAAUGAAUAGGCCUUCUUGUCAUGAUUGAAAAGCAUGUUAGUUUUUGCGUGAAUUUCUACGGAAUCUACACGUUAAUGGUGCUAACAGCAGCCUGCAUUUUAAUAGAAUAUAAUCAGAAUGUUACAUGUAUGAAAUUUUCUGUAGGGCCUACACUGCAGUUGCAUUUAAUUUUCUGUAGGGCCUAUAGUUGCAUUUAAGUAGAAUUUUACGGUACAAUUUUAACUUUCAUGUGAGAAUGUUUCUUGUCAAAUAUGCUUUUUAUGUGACAAAGUAGGCAUUUCGCACCUUGGGAAAGCCAAAGGAAUGGAUUUGGGCAAUCUGAGCCUUGCCGUCUUGAGGUUGUUUUCUAUCACCCACUGCCUGGUACAUUACAUUCCUGCCAGGACACUAGAUGAUAAAUGACCCUCUCAGCCUCUAUCCCAAAAUGAACAGCUUAUCUGCAACAUAAAAGUAAAACAUACAAAGGAGACCCCUUUAUUACUGGGAGAUUUAGGCUUGAAUAGGCAAGUGGAUAAUGGGCGUCUGGAUGGGGGUGGGGUGCAUAUAAAGGUUCUUUACCCAACAACAUGAAUUCUGUCUCCAGUUGGUAUUUGAGGAGUCAUUACAUUCAUGGCCUCAAUAGUGAAUAAUACACCCUCCCUUUCUUCUGCAUCCUCAACUUUGUGGAAAGGCAAAGAAAAGCUUCCCGAGGACUAAAGAUCAGUGAGGAAUUAGGGGCAACUUUCUGGAGUAGCUGUGCAUUUUGGACCUUUCUUUCCUUUUCUAUUUCCCAGUUUUGACAAUACAUUGUGAAUUUCUGCAAUAGCAUUGAAAAGGAGCCAGUGUGUGGCUCAUUGAGCCUGGACAAUGGUGCAUCUUUGGCAUAAUAGCCUGAUCUGACUGUGCUCAGAUGUGGAGCCUCUUUUGAUGUCAUGGAGGCGAGCCCUCUUUUGGAAGUCAAAACUCCCCUGGUGCCCAAACUAAUGAGGCUGUUAUUAUGCGGAGGAUAAUGCAUUGAUUGAAGAGAGCUGGCGUCCAGCAGGGACUAGUGGACAACAGAUGAGACAGCGGAGAGAAUGGAUAGAGGGAAGGAAAGAAUGUAGAUGGAAAGAUGACAAACAAGUAACUAAGCAUCAAGAUUCACAUUGAAUUGAGUUUUGAGUAAUUGAUUUGAUAAACCUUGCAUCUAGUAAUAUUCUAUUCUAAUGCAAGAUAUUCCCCUCCACUGCCGCAUCAUUCUCUUUCUUGAAAGUUACAGCGGACAGCAGUUUUCAAAUUCAAGUCGAAAAUAUCCCUCACUGAAUGCAGAUCGGUAGAUAGUAAUCAUAUUCAGAAUGAGAAAUAGUCCCCAGCGAUGCACAACUUCUCAGUGUUUUCUGCAGGUUUCCCCCUGAAUGGUGAUUAGAUUAUUAUGCCCAACAUGCAAAUGCACGCUCAGUUGAGUGGAGCUUGUUCACUUCAAUUCAACUACAGAAAGCUAGAUAGCUGCUUGGAGAAAAUGUGAAGGCAGAGCUCACGUAGUUUGCAGUGUUUAUGACCCUACGCUGGCAAAAAAAAGAGAUAGAGAGAGAAGAGGGAGGGGAUGAGAUACAGGAUGAGAAAGAGAGAGAGAGAGAGGGGGGGGGGUGGAAGAUGGUGGGGAUUGAUUUCUGAUGAAUUUGCUGAGGGAAAGUGAAGGCAUCUUCGUCCGCAGAGCUUCUCCUCUGGAGCUGAUCUCGUAGUUGCAAUGUCGUAUGUCAUUAUAGGGUGCCUAGAUCAAUACAUCGAGGCUAAUAAUAUUGUGAGUGUUGCUACACAUACUGUAGGGUACAUGUAAGGAUGUUUUUAUCAACUGUACAAGCAUACAUUCAUGUGUAAAUUGUAUAGGCCAAUAUCUUUGGGAAUAUGUUUGGAUAUAUCAGAACUACAAGGAAAUAGAAUUAUGUAUGAGAAUCGGAUGGAAAUCACAAUCGUAUUGUAAAUUUGUGUAUUACUAUUCCUUAUCACAUACAGGACUACAGGCAUGAAAUAACUGAAAAUAAUGUGUUGAAAAUAAGAUACUGACAUUGAG